AUGAAACAGGAAAUCCAGCACAUUUUAGAACGGCUGAACCGGACCCAGCAGCAGUUCCGGAUCGACCUGACAGACCUAGAACAACCAGGGUUGCUUCUCCCCAGCCAACUAGAACUGAUGGAAGCUCUGGAGGAAGCGCCCGACCCCUUUUUUGGCCUGAUGGAGCCUCUGCUGCCGAGUCCUUCCUCCAUUCCACAUGUUCGAAACAUCUUGGAAACACCGACUCCGGAGAGAAGCCCCACGGAACGUGCCCCGUCUUCCAUGCGUCGGAGGACAGGAGAGCCUCUCCUCACCGUCUCUCCCGACGCCAUCACCCUCCGGGAGGCUGAACCCAUUACCUUGCCGAGGUUUGAAGAGGAGCGAGACCUCCCCGAAAUCACGGCUCAAGAGAUCGACAUGUUGGCUGAACAAGAAGGGUUCCUGGUGCCCGGUGUGGCGACACCCCUGCUUUCGCCCAGGAAACGCCGUUUGGAAGAAGAACCCGCAGAGGAAAUCCGUGAACAGGAGCCUUCCCUGGCCUUGGGGCUGUCGCCUCCCCCACGGAUCAAGGAAGAGCCCUCCGCUCCCAAGGAAGCCGGGCUCCGGUUGACUGGGGACGUUCAGCUGCCUGGGGAGGUCCCUCUGCUGCCGUUAUUAGAGGCGACACCCCCUUCAGAGGGACCUGGGUUGCUGAGAGUCCCAAAGGGCAAACUGGGUUGCUGGUCUUUUGAGGCUUGUACAUCCUUAAUCAAGAGGGUUCUGCUUUUUCUCUCUCUUCAGCUCCUCCUGCCAGAAUUCGAACCCUCCCCGGCUCGACCCCGACGGCGGCGAAGGCAGCUGCGCUUCCUGGAUGAGAUCACUCAGAUUUCUCGGGAAGAUUUCCAGGAACAGAUUUUAAACACGCAGGCCCAGUGCCAGCCCCUGGAGAUGGUGCUGCUGCCAGCCAAGAGGCAGAAAAUGUCCGCAGACCUUUUGGGAAAUGCAACGUACGGCUGGAUGCAUCCCACCCUCCACGGCCUCUGGGCCCGCUGCGCCAACCUCCAGCGCGUGGAUUACGCCCGUCGGCGAGCCUUGGAGGAGCGCGGCCAGAGGGUGGAGGAAGAAGCUGCGCGGAGGGCUGAGGGUCCCAGCGAGUUGGAGGAACUGCGGGCAAUUGAAGAGCCGAGCCUCCCACCUCCAGGCUCCUCAGAAAUUUCCCUGGAGACGACCGAAGAAGAGCAGCGCCCGAGUUUAGUGAUCUCCGAGGAGAGGGCUUUCCUGGAACCGGAAGAGGUCAUCUUGCCCGUGGUGCCGGAGCUUCCCGAAAUAAGUUUUGAGCUGCCCCCGGAUAAGGACACCAUCACCCUGGACUACGUGCGCAGGGCUUUCCUGGAACCGGAAGAGGUCAUCUUGCCCGUGGUGCCGGAGCUUCCCGAAAUAAGUUUUGAGCUGCCCCCGGAUAAGGACACCAUCACCCUGGACUACGUGCGCAGGAUGGUUUCCACCAAACUUGAACAGGUUGGAGAGAUAGAGUUUGUCCAGCUGGUGCCACUGACCACUCCGAGGGCCGUCGUUAGCCGUUUUUUCUACAUGUGCUUGGUUCUCGCUGGAGCCCAGUUCGUGCACCUGGAACAGAGCGAGCCGUACGGACGGAUCCUCCUUCAGCCGGGGGCUCGUUUCCCCCUGAGCUAG